AGGAGGUGGGAGAUAGGAUCAGGAGAGGACCAGCCGUGUGCUUCGGGGGUUCCCAGGCAGACAGGAUGAUGACCUCACUGAGAACAGGGGAUAAGAUGCACACACAAAUCCUGCAGCUAUGCACGGCUGCUGGGUGCUCAGAGCGAAAGCCUGUGUGGGAAGGUAAGAAGUGACACUGGGCACAGGUCUCAGGGUGGAGAUCAGACAGUGAAGAGCAGUUUAAAGCCAGUUUACGAAGGAACCAGCAGGGCAGAAAGGUCCUGUGUUCGUUGGUGAUAGGUAACCACCGAAUGUUUUGAACGAUUGCACACAUUUCUAGAAGACGAAGCCUUGACAGCUAGAGACCACCAGAGAAGAGGACUCGGAGAUCAGUUGAGAGGGUGUGACAGGUGCUGCUAACUGGCAGCAAAAGUGACUGGUGACCAUGGAGAUCUAUACAAGGGGGCAUCUGGGAGAGAGACAUCCUGGGUGGUGAGUCUGUAACAUGGCAACAUGGAGAAGGGACUAAAGAUGCUACUAACCCAGGCGGACACGGGGCUUGGGAAUCAAGAGAAGCAGAGAAGCCAGGGAGCCAGCAGGUCUGAAGGAAAAAGAUAGGAUUACUAUCAGAAAUCGGAAUGUGAGUUUCCAACUGGAAACAUUAUUUUAAAAGAUAAGUUCUUCAUCAUUUCUUGCUUCUUAGAACUUCCAUGAGAAAUACUCUGAAAGAGGAAAAAAACUAGACCAAAGGAUUCACACCACAAAGAAAUUCUCAAAGGACUAAGAAUAGUCCUAUGAAAUAACAGGUGCUUAAUGAAUAUUUAAUGAAGCUAUUAACAAUAAACCUAGUCAGUGAUUUUGCUAGAAAUUCACAGACUCCAGAUUGGACAAUAAUUUUUUUUUUUCCCUUCCAUUUCAAGUUGUACUUGUUUUGAAGUAGGAAUUAAAAGGAAGAAUCAUGAGAUGUUGCUAACAAUGAAGACAACUUCUAGAGAUGCACAAUCUUCAAAUCUGGGCCACAUGGCGAUUAAGGAAGAAAAAAGUAUCAAAGGAACCAUGGUCAGUAACGAACCCAGCAAAUGCGUACUCACGACCUCCGCCAGUGAAGUGGAGCCUGCCGCCUGUCUGGCCCUGGAGAUGAAAUAUGCCCUGGAUCCCAACCGGCAGAUUAAGAAGCGGAAUAAAGCCCUGCAGGUGCGCUUUAAGGACAUCUGCGAGGCGCAGAACGAGCAGAGGGACACUCAGCUCGCCUCGGGCCCGCAGGGUGAAAAGCGGGAGGCCAGGCCCGCGUCCUGCAGGGCCGCCUAUCGCAAGUACAUGACCGUGCCCGCCCGGCGCUCCAUACCCAACGUCACCAAGAGCACGGGUGUGCAGACCUCGCCCGACCUCAAGAAGUGUUACCAGACUUUCCCUCUGGACCGCAAGAAGGGGACUCUCAAAAGCAUCCCAGGCACGGAGGCCUUUAAAAGUCAGAACAACGGGUUGGUAAUUGACGGGAAAGAGAAGAGCCAGGAAGGGCCCGGCGAGGAGGCCCGGCCGUGGGGUGCCGGCCGGGUGCAGAAGACCACGGCCUUGGUUUUCCACUCCGACGAACACGUGAACGCGCUGGGGCCGCCCGCCGGAGUCAACUGCGCCGAGCCCUGCAAAACCCCCGACCGGCACAGCUGCCGCGAUGCCCGGGUGCAGAACUCCACUCGGUCGUCCUCCCAGGAGCUGGAGUACCAGCUGCCCGGGAAAGCCAGGCAGGGCAGGGCGACCCCGGACACUGAGGAGCCGGCUCCAUCGGCCCACCGGAGGGUGUUUAAGACCGAGGUGGCCACGGUGGACGCACCCGCCGCAGGCACCAGGGCCCCAGCGCCGGCCUUGUCAAACUCCGCCCCCUCGAGCGAGUGGUCCCUCUGCCCCGCGGUGGACCUGGAGCGGAGAACCGCCGCGCGGGCCAGUGGGCUCCCGGCCCCUCCGGGCGCCGCCCCAGCCUGCUCGCCCCCGACGCAGUGCCUGUCCCCAGAAUGUAGCGAAGAAGACGCCUCCCUGCAGACUCAGGCCCCCUCCGGGCAGGAGCGCCAGCCUUGUCCCCCGGCGCUCGCUGUGGAUGAAGAAUGCCGACAAAUCGUGCCUCACACGGAAGUGGUCGACCUGAAAGCACAGCUUCAGAUGAUGGAGAACUUGAUCAGUUCAAGCCAGGAAACCAUCAAAGUGCUCUUGGGGGUUAUUCAGGAGCUGGAGAAAGGAGAAGCCCAGCGGGAAGGGCUUUCAUAUCGGACUGGGCAAGACACAGCUAACUGUGACACAUGCAGGAACAGUGCAUGUAUUAUCUAUAGUGUGGAGCUAGAUUUCAAGCAGCAGGAAGACAAACUCCAGCCAGUUCUGCGGAAACUUCAUCCGUUCGAGGAAACUCAGGUCGCACCUUCGCCUUACACUCAGGAGACAUACUCCUCAACUCCCAAGCAAAAAUCCAAAACUGAAUCUAAAAAGCACGGACGGUGGAAACUCUGGUUCCUUUAACACUCACGGUGUUUGGAGUCUGAAGGCCGUCUUGAAAACCCACUGGAGUUCAAAGUAAACCCUUUUCCAAAACAAAUAGGAUGGAGUGAAGGGCGGCUGGGCCGGGCGCCACCCAGUUCUCCCCCUGCUUACCAAAAAGGCCUUUGUGACAGAUCAGCUCACAGAGGCAAGGGAGUGCAGGUCAUACAUUGCCGGCUGUCUCUGCAGUUCGGGGAUGUGGGAUGUAAAAUCGGAAACGAAACCUAACACAGUCAAAGGUGACACCUAAAAUUUCUAUGCCCCACCCCCCAGAUUGGCAAGGAUUAGGUUAUCAACCUGCAGACCGGCAGGCUGUCACUCUGUAACACAGCGAAAACUCAUAAUUAUUUUCAAGCCUUUAUUUUUUUUAAAUACUGAGAAGAAAAAGUAGCCCUUACGUUUGCAAAGGACUUCAUUUUUACGUUUAAUUUUGCAAAUAAGCGGGGGGUGGGUGGGGGGGAGGGGGUGUGCGAGUGCAAUUUUCAGCACAUCAAAUUCCAGAGAAAGCACAAUUUUUUUCAAGUGGUCAGAGACCAUGAAUAAUCUCUAAAAUGUGACUAUAUGUAUAUUUGCCUUCAUGUGCUGUAGCGCUAAGCCAAGUGACAUCUCAGUGUCACACUGACACCUCAAAUUCAGCAUCUCCUUCAUCUCCAGACCGGCAACAUGCUUUCUGCUCCUUCUCCAAAUGGCCAGCAGCAGCCAGGAGUCCCCCAAAGUCAGGACAUGCUUUUAAUCACUGCAAGUUGACAGGGUCAGCGCUAUCAGACACUAAGCUUUCAUAGAUCUCAUUUUUCAAUCUUUUGGUACCCAAAGGCCAAAUGAUAAAUCCUGGCAAGAAUUUGAAAACACACAUAGAAAUACACAAUGGAUUAUACAGUCACCGAUAAAUCACAGGCAUUCUCUGCCACCAGAAAGUGUUUCUGUGGAUCAAUCUUUGAGACACUGUUCAUCACGAAAGCCUAGCCAGAUGUUUGAUACCAUUCGUUAUGCUUCGUAACAGCUGGGGAAGUUCUGACCAUCUCAAAGCGAAACCGUGUGCUUAGUUUAGCUGCUACCCACAAACCACCUUAAUGUCACCAACAUUUAACCUGCUAGUGAGCUGUACUAAAUGACAUUACCUAGGGGAAAGCUGUGAAUCAAAUGUUUUUAGGUCUUUUCUAAAUGAAUCGUGACACUUCGAGUUGUCUUUUGAUUACACAUUGCGAUAUAAAUCUCAGUUCCUUUAUUUUUUCACUCAUUCCUUUGCACCUUUGCAGGUACCUUUUUAUAGAAAUAAAAAGCCCUACUCUAUUAAUGACUCUAUCAAGUUUUGGCUUUUCACAAUAGGAAGUAAGCUUCUUCUUUUGCCUUUUUUUGUUUGUUUUGGGGGGUACAACUUUAAUUUUGAGUCGUUUGUGAACGCACAAGGAAACCGAGUCUCCUAGUCUCUGUCCAACCAUUUCUUAUCUAAUCUCAUGCUCACACGCACACCUUAUUGAUCAGAUGCCAUUAGAAUGGUCAACCUUGGUAAAAGGAUCCACCUGCAUUUCUCAGAUUGGAGCUAUUUCUUGUCAUGCAUUUUCCUUCUGACUCAACAGCAAAUCUAUUUUUUGUUCUAAGUGUUCUGAUUCUACAAGGACCUUAGCGGGCUUGAAAAAAAAAAAAGAAUGACAGGAGUAUCUCAUGUAAGCUUUCUUUGGGGGUUACUCCAGCUAUCUCGCAGAUGUACGCUUUAAUUAAAAGAAAAAAACAUGCAUCUUUUGUGGAAUCGAUAUACGAGGAUAUGAAUCCUUGAAUAUCACUUAAUAGAAUUGAGAACUAUUUUUGUGCAAGGAGGAGACUGAGUUAAGUUGAUCAAAUACCACGAAGGAAGUGCAAUUGUUCUGUGUAGAGAUAAAAUUUGGAAAAAAAAUGCGUUUCAUGUAUUUUAUACUGUUUUUAACUAAAGUUAUAAAAACAUGUUUGCAACAAGUUAUCUCUCCUUGUGUUUUCAGAAUCCCGAGUGUCUCAGUGAAUUGAAAUAAGGGUGUUAGCAGCUUUCUGCUUAGUGCCAUAAUUCUGUCUAAACAAGAGGACAUCCUCGUAAACAAAGUAAUAUCACUGUCUGAAGCAGUCUAGACCAAAAAAAAAAAGAAAAAAGAAAAAAAAAACAUUUUCAGAAUCUAAAA